AUGUGUGAGAGUGGACUAAGGGAAACCAGGAGCCAGCACUCGGCCCCAAGCCAGGAGCCAGCACUCGGCCCCAAGCCAGGCGCCAGCACUCGGCCCCAAGCCAGGCGCCAGCACUCGGCCCCAAGCCAGGCGUCAGCACUCGGCCCCAAGCCAGGCGUCAGCACUCGGCCCCAAGCCAGGCGCCAGCACUCGGCCCCAAGCCAGGCGUCAGCACUCGACCCCAAGCCAGGAGCCAGCACUCGGCCCCAAGCCAGGAGCCAGCACUCGGCCCCAAGCCAGGAGCCAGCACUCGGCCCCAAGCCAGGAGCCAGCACUCGGCCCCAAGCCAGGAGCCAGCACUCGGCCCCAAGCCAGGAGCCAGCACUCGGCCCCAAGCCAGGCGUCAGCACUCGGCCCCAAGCCAGGCGUCAGCACUCGGCCCCAAGCCAGGCGCCAGCACUCGGCCCCAAGCCAGGCGUCAGCACUCGGCCCCAAGCCAGGAGCCAGCACUCGGCCCCAAGCCAGGCGCCAGCACUCGGCCCCAAGCCAGGAGCCAGCACUCGGCCCCAAGCCAGGAGCCAGCACUCGGCCCCAAGCCAGGAGCCAGCACUCGGCCCCAAGCCAGGAGCCAGCACUCGGCCCCAAGCCAGGAGCCAGCACUCGGCCCAAGCCAGGAGCCAGCACUCGGCCCCAAGCCAGGCGCCAGCACUCGGCCCCAAGCCAGGAGCCAGCACUCGGCCCCAAGCCAGGAGCCAGCACUCGGCCCCAAGCCAGGAGCCAGCACUCGGCCCCAAGCCAGGCGCCAGCACUCGGCCCCAAGCCAGGCGCCAGCACUCGGCCCCAAGCCAGGAGCCAGCACUCGGCCCCAAGCCAGGCGCCAGCACUCGGCCCCAAGCCAGGAGCCAGCACUCGGCCCCAAGCCAGGAGCCAGCACUCGGCCCCAAGCCAGGAGCCAGCACUCGGCCCCAAGCCAGGAGCCAGCACUCGGCCCCUAGCCAGGAGCCAGCACUCGGCCCCAAGCCAGGAGCCAGCACUCGGCCCCAAGCCAGGAGCCAGCACUCGGCCCCAAGCCAGGAGCCAGCACUCGGCCCCAAGCCAGGCGUCAGCACUCGGCCCCAAGCCAGGAGCCAGCACUCGGCCCCAAGCCAGGAGCCAGCACUCGGCCCCAAGCCAGGAGCCAGCACUCGGCCCCAAGCCAGGAGCCAGCACUCGGCCCCAAGCCAGGAGCCAGCACUCGGCCCCAAGCCAGGAGCCAGCACUCGGCCCCAAGCCAGGUCAGCACUCGGCCCCAGCAGUCAGCACUCGGCCCCAAGCCAGGCGCCAGCACUCGGCCCCAAGCCAGGCGCCAGCACUCGGCCCCAAGCCAGGAGCCAGCACUCGGCCCCAAGCCAGGAGCCAGCACUCGGCCCCAAGCCAGGAGCCAGCACUCGGCCCCAAGCCAGGAGCCAGCACUCGGCCCCAAGCCAGGAGCCAGCACUCGGCCCCAAGCCCCAAGCCAGGCGUCAGCACUCGGCCCCAAGCCAGGCGCCAGCACUCGGCCCCAAGCCAGGAGUCAGCACUCGGCCCCAAGCCAGGCGUCAGCACUCGGCCCCAAGCCAGCACUCGGCCCCAAGCCAGGAGCCAGCACUCGGCCCCAAGCCAGGAGUCAGCACUCGGCCCCAAGCCUGGAGUCAGCACUCGGCCCCAAGCCAGGAGCCAGCACUCGGCCCCAAGCCAGGCGCCAGCACUCGGCCCCAAGCCAGGAGCCAGCACUCGGCCCCAAGCCAGGCGCCAGCACUCGGCCCCAAGCCAGGAGCCAGCACUCGGCAGCCCAAGCCAGGCCAGCCAGCACUCGGCCCCAAGCCAGGAGCCAGCACUCGGCCCCAAGCCAGGCGCCAGCACUCGGCCCCAAGCCAGGAGCCAGCACUCGGCCCCAGCCAGGCCAGGAGCCAGCACUCGGCCCCAAGCCAGGAGCCAGCACUCGGCCCCAAGCCCAGCAAGCCAGGAGUCAGCACUCGGCCCCAAGCCAGGAGCCAGCACUCGGCCCCAAGCCAGGAGCCAGCACUCGGCCCCAAGCCAGCCCCAAGAGCCAGCACUCGGCCCCAAGCCAGGAGCCAGCACUCGGCCCCAAGCCAGGAGCCAGCACUCGGCCCCAAGCCAGGAGCCAGCACUCGGCCCCAAGCCAGGAGGUGUCAGCACUCGGCCCCAAGCCAGGAGUCAGCACUCGGCCCCAAGCCAGGAGCCAGCACUCGGCCCCAAGCCAGGAGCCAGCACUCGGCCCCAAGCCAGGAGUCAGCACUCGGCCCCAAGCCAGGAGCCAGCACUCGGCCCCAAGCCAGGUCAGUCAGCACUCGGCCCCAAGCCAGGAGCCAGCACUCGGCCCCAAGCCAGGAGCCAGCACUCGGCCCCAAGCCAGGCGUCAGCACUCGGCCAGGCGUCAGCACUCGGCCCCAGCCAGGCGUCAGCACUCGGCCCCAAGCCAGGCGUCAGCACUCGGCCCCAAGCCAGGCGUCAGCACUCGGCCCCAAGCCAGGCGUCAGCACUCGGCCCCAAGCCAGGCGUCAGCACUCGGCCCCAAGCCAGGAGUCAGCACUCGGCCCCAAGCCAGGAGUCAGCACUCGGCCCCAAGCCAGGAGUCAGCACUCGGCCCCCAAGCCACUCGGGCCAGUCAGCACUCGGCCCCAAGCCAGGAGUCAGCACUCGGCCCCAAGCCAGGAGUCAGCACUCGGCCCCAAGCCAGGAGUCAGCACUCGGCCCCAAGCCAGGAGUCAGCACUCGGCCCCAAGCCAGGAGUCAGCACUCGGCCCCAAGCCAGGAGUCAGCACUCGGCCCCAAGCCAGGAGUCAGCACUCGGCCCCAAGCCAGGAGUCAGCACUCGGCCCCAAGCCAGGAGUCAGCACUCGGCCCCAAGCCAGGAGUCAGCACUCGGCCCCAAGCCAGGAGUCAGCACUCGGCCCCAAGCCAGGAGUCAGCACUCGGCCCCAAGCCAGGAGUCAGCACUCGGCCCCAAGCCAGGAGUCAGCACUCGGCCCCAAGCCAGGCGUCAGCACUCGGCCCCAAGCCAGGAGUCAGCACUCGGCCCCAAGCCAGGCGUCAGCACUCGGCCCCAAGCCAGGAGUCAGCACUCGGCCCCAAGCCAGGAGUCAGCACUCGGCCCCAAGCCAGGCGUCAGCACUCGGCCCCAAGCCAGGAGUCAGCACUCGGCCCCAAGCCAGGAGUCAGCACUCGGCCCCAAGCCAGGAGUCAGCACUCGGCCCCAAGCCAUGUCAGCACUCGGAACGUCAGCACUGGCCGGUCAGCACUCGGUGCGACCUGUAA